CAUGCACCAUUUUGACCUUGAACUGGUCAAACUGAUAGGUCAAAAUGGGUGCCAUCACGAGGCGCUCGUCUCGGCCAGUCCCGACAGACUCGUUGAGUCAUUCGCCUCGACAAACUCCUCAAAGGGAUGUUGCAGCAUGCUCCCACCGCUGCCGGAAAACGCUAUGUCGCCAUUGCCCUUCAUAUCGCUCAUCAGAAAGGGGAAGAAGCCGUCGUUAACCUAGCAAGAACUUGGUUGCAGUCACUCUUCCUUCGAAUGAUGGCACUCGGUAUCAAGGACGCCCACGUCCAACCCAGCAGUAGCCAGACACCAACUCUACACCGCACGGAAGAACAGACCGAGUCCAGCACUCGAUCUGACCUGAAAACGUGUCUCCAACAACGUGAACAACACCGUUGUGCGAUAACACGCGCCUUCGACUCCGCGCGAGGUUUUGAGCUCAUGCGCAGCCAGGACAUACCCCCCGGGUCGUCAUUUCAGUACAUGGCUGCGGCGCACAUCAUCCCAUUUGUGCUUGAUGACUUUCGCGAUGACAACAGCCAUGAAGUUGUGCGUGACAUCGUGAUCCUUCGUGUCCUCUUCCGCCUCCUCCUCACCUGCAAUAUUCACCGACACCGACUGAGACCCUUGCCACGCAAGUUCCCGGAUGUGCCGAACAAGCACACAACGCGAAUGCUCGCGCAAGGCCAUCUCUUCAGCAAUGGCCAAGGCUCCGCCGACGUCGAGUUUCGGGCACUGCCCGGGAUCGAAGCCCCGGAUCCUGAGCUCCUCCGAAUCCAUGCUGCGUUCGCGCAGGUCCUCCACUUGUGUGGUGCUGCCGACUUCAUGAAUGAACAUUACCGAUUUGAUGAAGGUGACGUGACCUUGUUCAUGCAUCCAACGGAGGAUUUUGGACGACAACUCAGCGCGAGAUUGGCCGUACUUGCAUUUUGAAGAACUCGCCGUCUCCUGGUAGCUGGUAGUUACUCCGAGUCAGAUGUCUAAUAUGCCGUACUAUUAACCGCCGUCUUCUACAGAGAUGCGCCCCCUUUCACUAUCUGCAACCGGUUCACUCGGCGAUCCAAGCUUGCAAGAUAAUCGCAUAAGGAGGACGAACGUACUGGCGAGAGACACAAACGAGCGACAGUGGGCAGAAUCAAAGUUCGAGCGGAAGAACAAAGAAUGAAUGGAGAGCACACACAGAUCCCGAAGAACAGCUGACUCCGAUAAAUAGAUCCCUGCAGAUGUGCAUGUAGAAGAUACGUCAUGAGCGCCGUGGUCGACGUCGGCACUGGGAAGGUGGCCCGCA